AUGUCAAUAAAUCAAUCAAAGCAUUUCAGAUACCCAGUGUUUGGACAGGUCGACUACUUCAGCAGACAGCAACCAUCCUAUCACGCUGAGCCAGUGCACAGCCCAGAGGAUGCCAAGAAGAAGACACAGGACCCAAUCGUUACAGGUACAUCAGUGAUCGCUAUUAAAUAUAAUGGUGGAGUUGUUAUGGGUACCGAUACACUUUGCUCCUAUGGCUCUCUGGCUAGAUUCAACAAUAUACCUAGAAUGAGGAAGUUUGGCUCCAAUGUAAUCGUUGGCUUUGGUGGCGAAUACAGUGACUUCCAAUCAUUGUCUCAAACACUCGAUGACUUGGUUAUUGAGGACUCUUGUAUAGAUGAUGGAUCAAAGCUUAGCCCAAGCGAGGUCUACAGCUACUUGGCACGUGUUAUGUAUAAUAGAAGAAACAAUGGCGAUCCAUUGUGGAACAACCUCAUCAUCAUUGGACACAACAACAACAAGAGCUUCUUGGGCAAGGUCGAUCUCGUCGGUACUUCCUUUGUCGAUGACUUCAUUUGCACCGGUUACGGACAACACAUGGCACUGCCACUGCUCCGCAAGGCCUACAGAGAGGACCUCACCCUCGACGACGCCAUGAAGUUGAUCCAAGACUGUCUGCGUGUUCUCUUCUACCGUGAUGCCAGAUCAUCAAAGAGAAUCCAACUCUCUAUUGCCAACGCCACUGGUUUGGAGAUUACAGAGCCAAUCGAGUUGGAUACAUUCAACUGGGGCAUUGGAGAGCCUGCUGUCAAGUCGUUCAGCGACAUUUAA